AUGGUUAUUUUCAUACUGCUAAAUCCUGACCUGCAGUAUCCUUAUCAACUUGAAAUUUAUAAACUGCACCAGAAAACAUACGAAAUGUGCAAGAAUGAGGUACUCUGCCUAUUGGCCAUCAAGCAAUUGCCAACUUUCUCUAACAAAUUCAGCCGUUUUCAAGCUACUUCGUGGUUGAUACUUGAAAAUGUCUUUGAGAAGUGUGCAGAUUUUGAUCCCACAAAGAGACCCGAAGCCUCGGGUCUGGUUGAAAUGUUUCAUCCAAAGGAAGGUCCAGUACGUAGAGAAAUACCACUUGUUGUAAGCCAGAGUUCUGUUGUUGAGCAACACGACUACCUUGUUGCAGAGGGUGCCAUUGGAAUAUCAAAUGUCAUCUCUACAGAUGCAACGAACAGCUGCUCCUCCCUGUCGGUGCUGAUUAAUGAACGCAUUUUGGUAGAAAGACAAACUGACGACCUUCUCAGCCUCAACGCUGCUUUAGAUGAAUGGCAGUUCUUUAGUGAGAAUGUCAGUAACUUGGUGUUGACUAGGCCUGACCGCUUCAAUCGCUAUAGAAAUAUCGAGAGAAUGUACGACGUAAUUGAAGCAUACAAAAUAUAUUACGUAACGCCAAGAUUGUUAAAGAAUCGUAUGAGCUGUUUGAGGAAAUCAUCACCGCUUCCAGCGUGUUUACCAAGAAAGGAAGAAGUUCACUCUUCAUGGCCUUGGAAAAACUUGCCGAAUCUAACGAAGUAA